UGCGCACUUUGAUCAGUUUUAUAGAGGUGUAGGUUAAACUUUUAAAUUUCUUUUCAACUUUGAGCUCUGAUCCAAAUGAUGCCAAUUGUCUAAAGAACCGAAAGGUCGAAUGCCUUGCUAUAAACUUUAAUUUUUCCUUUCGGGGGUAAGUUCAAUUUUACAAAGGAAUUACUUCAUUAUCAUAAUGUCUUUAGGAACAUCCCACAACCCAAGUAACUCAAGGCUCCUAAAGGAAUUUCCAAAUUGUUAGCUAGAGGGCCCAGCCAGGCCAUCUCUCUACUAAGAAUGAACACAAGAGAGGGUGGGCAAAUCUACCCAAUAGGAAAGGCACAUUCCCUGUUUGAAUUGAAUUAGAUUCCAAUCAGCAGCCUUAGUGGCUUUUCUACUAACACAAGCUCCACUUAAAUCUAUUAAAUUAGUUCCGUCGGUUAACUGCAUCAUUUUUCAGUGUAACAUUUAGUAAUUUGUCAUGAUUACUUAAAUUUUAAAAAAAUUCAAAGAGAUUUGAUUUAACUUUUCAAUGUUCAAUCAAUUAAUGUAAUUCAAUCUCUUAGUAUCUAAUUUUCAAUAAAACAUAGAACAUAGUGUAAUUUCUACUCUGUGUUUGUCUCUAUCAUUUUAGAUCUCAAUCUUCUUAACUUAUUAAUGAAAUUUGAAAACUCAUUUUUAAUCUUCACUCAACUUUGGUCAAAGAUUUGAUUGAGCUAUGUCAUGCCAAUAAUUAUUGAGAUAUCUCCUUUAAGUCACUUAAGAUGGCAUACCAUUGAUCUAUUAUUCAUUUAUCUUCACAUGUUUCAUACUAGACUUAAAGUAUACCUUAUUUUUACAUUUGGACUACCUAAGGUAAUAUCAAAGUAUUGUAAUCCCUACAUAAGAUGACAUAAAGAUUUCAAGUCUACAUAUCACUCACACCGUUGACACAUGAAUAUAUUUUUAUAGGUACUUCAGUGAGAUACAAAAUGAAAUUACCACGGUAGGUCAUAUUCAAUCAACUUGUUCUUGUGACAAGUAUCGAUAUGUUAGUUUCAAAUAUCCCAACAUACUUGAAUCUAGGAAAUUGAUUGCUUAUUUCAUAAGUAAGAAACACAACAUAUGUAACAAUUUUUGUUUCUAUCAAUGUCUUAUCUUGAUAAAACAUCAACUAAGAAUUGUUUAGGAGUAAUGUUUUGAUGUAGUGAGAAUUUUAUAAUUAUAACGCAUUAUAAUUCCUAUGCAAAACAUAUUUUCUGUAAAAACUUUAUCUUAUAAAUAAUAAACAUAUGAAAGUGUAUAAACUCAUAUAUAAAGAAAACCUUUUACUAUUGUAAUGCAUUAAAUCAAGAACAAUUAAUGUUUUUUACAAAACAUGCUCGAUUGGUUUACGGGUUUAGGGUUUAGGAGAACCUCUUGGAUAACUAACUUUUGGUUGGUUGUAGUAUAACAACGUUGUUCCCUGUGAGCAAUAUCUAAUCAAUAUAUAGCACUAAGAACACAACAGCAUUCCCACUAGUCUUUUUGUAUAUGCAAAGAUCAUUUUCGUUCUUGAUGAAAACAAAUUUUUUAAUUAUUUUAAUAAACAAAAAGAAAGGAUCAUGAUUUUAUUAAUUACUAUACGAUAACUAAUAAACCUAAAAUGAUUAAGUGGCUGCUAUAAUAGUGUUUGGAAGGUGGUUUCCGCAACCUUCCACACCAAUCUGACAGAUAGCUUGUCUAAGUAAUAAAGGCCACCACAAACCUCAGUCAACAAAAAGAUUUGUCCUUUGUGCAAGAUUCAAUCUUCAUAAUCAGAAAAAAAGAACCAAGAAAGAAAGAACCAUAGAAGAAAUAGAAAAGAAUAAAACGGAAUAUACAUAUUAAGUGAAAGUGAAGAAGAAGAAGAAGAAGGAAGAAGGAAUGACGGGAGUUGAUUAUUACAAGAUACUGCAAGUAGAUAGGAAUGCGAAAGAUGAAGACUUGAAAAAGGUAUAUAGGAAGUUGGUUUUGAAAUGGCAUCCUGAUAAGAACCCAAAGAACAAGAAAGAAGCUGAAGCUAAAUUCAAGCAAAUCGCUGAAGCCUAUGAGGUGUUAAGUGAUCCCCAGAAAAGAGCAUUGUAUGAUAUAUACGGUGAAGAGGGUGUAAAAGGUGCAGCGUCACCGCCAGAAUCUGAAGUAGCUUCCUUGUUCUCUACAGGGGAUGGACCAACAGCGUCCCGAUUCAAUUCACGGGACGCUGAGGACAUGUUUGCGGAGUUAUGGAGUUUUUCUAGAACUUUUAGUAGUGGCAGCGGCAUGAGAGGCACAAGAUUCAAUAGUUCACUUUUUGGUGAUGAUAUUUUAGGAUCUUUUGGUGAAGGAAUGGGAGGGGGACGUGGGCCAGUGCACCCAGGUGGUCCAAGAAAAGCACCUCCGAUAGAGUAUGCGUUGCCUUGUAGCCUUGAAGAGUUAUAUAAAGGGACUACUAAGAAGAUGAAGAUCACUCGAGAGAUUGCUGAUGGCAGUGGCAAAACCUCGCAGGAGGAAGAUAUUUUAACCAUUGAUGUGAUUCCCGGAUGGAAGGUAGAUACGAAAAUCACAUUCAAAGAGAAAGGGAAUGAACAGCCAAAUGUUAUACCUGCAGAUAUUGUCUUUGUCAUUGCUGAGAAGCCCCACAGUGUGUUCAUCCGGGAUGGCAAUGACUUGAUUGUCACACAAAGGAUCUCUCUUGCGGAAGCCUUGACAGGUUAUACUGUUCAUCUCACUACCCUGGACGGCAGGAACUUAACCAUUCCAAUCAACGAUGUAAUUCAUCUAAACCAUGAGGAAGUGGUUCCAGGGGAAGGGAUGCCGCUCUCAAAAGAUCCUACAAAGAGAGGAAACUUGAGAAUCAAAUUCAACAUCGAGUUCCCAACAAGGCUGACAACAGAACAAAAAUCUGGAAUCAAGAAGCUCUUGGGUCCUUGAUACUGAUGUUGGCGAAUUUUCACUUUUGGAUACAAAGGGUGAACUUUCUUUUUUCCUUUUUUUUUGAAAAGCAAUACAAAAGGUGAACUAACUGUGAAUACUUACAUUUCAGAUGGCUGUGAGAUCUUACAGAUAGAAGGGAGCAAUAUUGGUUGGUUUUUUGAUUGAUUGAGUAGAAAACUUGAUUUUGAUACUCUUGGUUAGAUUUGUUGAAGACUCGCCAAUCCAUUCUGCACACUCUGCCUCUGCUUUCUGAUGCGGAAAACCAUCCCUCCAACCCAAAACUUCUUACGCUUACUGCUCUUGACACUUGAGCAAAACAAUAAUUAAUUACGCUUAAUUAUCUUUAAUUGGCCACGCUAAUGGUCUAUGCAAAUACUGUACUCUGCUAGUAAUUGAUUGAUUAUUCAUUUUGGUAUCACACAAAGUGGACCUUUUCCAGAUAUUUUAACGAUCUAAGCUCUGCAGCAGGAGUUGUUAAUCAUUAAAUUCUGAUCUAUUCUAUAAAUGUAUUGAGUAUUAA